AUGAUGCGCGCAGCUCGCUACUAUGGCAAAGAAGAUGUGCGCAUAGAAGAGACGCCUCGCCCUCGAUUGUCGCCUGGUCAAAUCCUAAUCAAGCCUUCUCAUGUGGGAAUCUGUGGGACAGAUUUGCAUGAGUAUAUUGCUGGUCCGACCUUCGCACCCAUUGAGCCACAUGCAGUCACCAGAGAAACAAUCCCAAUUGGCAUGGGCCAUGAGUUUAGCGGCACGAUCCUAGAAGUUUCUUCAGAUGUGCCCAAUGCCUCUUCUUUCAAGCCAGGCCAAAAGUGCGCCAUUCAACCUACGAUCUUCUGUCAAAGUUGUGGGGCUUGCAGGAACGGAGUGGAAAAUGCAUGUCCCAAUGGUGGGUUUAUUGGUUUGAGUGGUGGCGGCGGUGGCCUGAGUGAAGCAGUGGCUGUGCCAUGGGAUGCAGUCCUUCCACUACCGGAUAAUGUUGAGCUGGAUACUGGAGCACUCGUCGAGCCUCUAUCAGUCGCCUGGCACGCAGUCGCUGCUUCCCCGCUAGUUGAGAUCGGACCCAAGAACGCCUCGGUCCUCGUACUAGGAGGUGGACCUAUUGGCCUUGCAGUCGUGCAAGUCCUCGUGGCACACGGAACGAAGAAGAUCAUUAUGAGCGAGAUCGCCGCACAGAGACAAGCAUUCGCCAGAGAGUUUGGAGCCCACCAUGUCCUUGCACCAAAUGUAUAUGACGUUGUAGGCGUCUCGCGCGAGCUCUGCCAUGGCGAAGGUCCUGACAUCGUUUUCGACUGCGCUGGCGUACCUGCUAGUUUCGAAUCAGCCUGCAAAGCCAUCAGGGCCCGCGGUACCGUGGUCAAUGUCGCCAUCUGGGAGAAGCCAGUAUCGUUCAAUCCCAACAGCCUAGUUUUCAAUGAAGGAAAAUAUGUUGGUGUGUUGGGUUACCAGCGCAAAGAUUUCAUCGAAGUGAUCAAGGCUAUUGCUGAUGGCAGACUGCAACCUAACAAGAUGAUCACAAGAAAGAUUCCCCUGAACGAUCUGGUCGAGAAGGGUAUUCUGGCACUAAUCAAGGAGAAGGACAGACACGUGAAGAUCCUGGUUGACAUGGAGAUGGCUUAA